AUGGUGCUGGGGCCACUGCAUCUUCCUCUGGUCCUGUUGCUUCCGUUGCAGGAGGUCGCUGCCUGGCGGCAUGCUGGAAGGCACGAGGAGGGCGGAAGGGGAUCAUCCGCACUGCAGAGCUCCACGACGCUCAUCCAGUCAAUGUGGGGUGCCUCAGAGACGACGGAGAUGGAGGUCAUAUCCAGCUCCGGCGUGGAGAAGGUGCUCUGCACGCAGCGCCUGCCUUACUUUCGGAACCGGCUCUGCUUGCAGCUGAAGAGCCACUCCGCGGCCCUGGAGGGCGCGAUUUCGGCGAUCCGUGGGUCAUCUGGGCCGAGGAAUGGCACCUCAAUGCAUCGCGACAAGGCGGUGCUCACACGCGCAUUGAAGAAUCCGCUCCUGGCUCUGCCCGACCUCACGAUCGACCUGGCGUGGAUGGGUUGCAGCACCUGUGUGCCGGAGAUGCGAGUUUGCUCAGCGGAUCAGAUUUGCCGAAAGGAUCCCAAAGAUAGCCUCAGCUACCCCUGGAUCCGCAUCUUCCCACUCUCACUCGAGUCGCUGGUGGCAGGCACCUGCUACGGCGUGGCUGACCUGCUCGUCUCCUCGACUGCAGCUGCCGCCUUCGCGCCGUUGCUGGGAUUUCUGGCGCCCUACCUUGCCGGGUUAAUGGGAACACUCACCGCCCGCGUCUUCGAUGACCUACUCAUGGGUCGCUACUGCAUCUAUCUCUCCACUCACUUGGCGCAAGAAGUGCUGGGAGACCAGAUCUUGGCUCAG